AUGGAGUCACAAAGCGGUUCCUCGAACGCGCUGGUGCGCAAACGGACGGACACCGACCUCAUGCCUCCACCCCCUCCUGCAAAGAAGAUCAAGCGCCCCAAGAAAGUCAUAGACGAAGAUACCUACACCGAUGCCCUUUCAAAGAUCAUAGCUCGUGACUUCUUCCCUGGGUUGCUGGAAGCGGAAACCCAACAGGAAUACCUCGACGCCCUCGAGUCAAAAGACGCGGCAUGGAUCUCAAGCGCUGGACAAAGGCUGCAACGCGUAAUGACACCAGGGAGACAGAGGAUCAGGAGGCCACCGGCCUUCGAAAUUGGAGGACGUACGCCGUCGGCAUAUGGUGCGGACACACCAGCGUCUGUUGCGCCGACGAUGGUCGAAGAGUCUAAGCCUGUCGUGGAUACAAACAUGAGUCUUGCUAAUUUCCAAGCGAAGUAUACGAGCGAGGACAACGAGAGUUUCUAUAAGCUCAUGGACAAGCAAAGUCAAAAGAAGGCAGAAAAAUACGCCUGGUUAUGGACGGGCAACAAGUUGCCAUCCAAACAAAUGAUCAAGCAAGCUGAAGUGGAGGACAAGCUAGCUCAGACACGGAGUCUGAUUGACGAUGGAUUCAAAAGAGACAGGCUGGCUAUCAAAGAUGUCGAUGAGAGACCAGCGAGGCCGGACAGUUGGAACGCAAAUCCUAAAAACAACCUCAUGUUUAAACCUGACAGUGUGGAGGAUGAUUACGAGAGCCCAGCACAGAAGGCCCAAGCCGAUUCGAGGAUGGCACCGAAGUCUAUCAACUACCAAAGUACAAGAAUACCACAGCCGGUGGUUAUUCAGAGACCACCAUCUCCGACGAUGUCUGCGGUAAGGGACGCCAUUGCAGGUAGGCCUCGGAAGAACGACCAGGCUUCAAGUGCAGUCGGUGGAGGGGAAACGCCAAGGGUGAACGGGUAUGCUUUUGUGGAUGACGAAGAUGACGACGAAGCUAUUCCAGCCCCAGUCAUUAACCUGGGACCUGGCGACUCAACGCCGAAUCCUUUCAGGUUGCAGGAGCAAAGGAAAAGGGAAAGCUUGCAUCAUCGGCUAGUCGAGCGUGUAGCACAGUCAAAAAGGGAAUCUGCGAAGAAUGGCUUAACUGGCAAGCCGGAAAGGACACCAGUGCCAAAGUUUCCCUCCAGUCCGAGAGUAGCGGGUGGCCUUACACCUGCCGCCCAGAGAUUAUGGAGCAAGAUCGGCAGCCCUCGACCUGGCAGUCCAAGCAGCUCGUCUAUGAAAGCGACGCCGAUGAGAGCACGAGGAUCACUAUUAAAAGGCGGGUCAAAGGUCUCUCAGUAG